CUCGCUCUGAAGUGGAACACGUUCGUGGAUCACAGCGAAACAUUCACGGAUCGAGCUUUGGAGUUCGCAAUUCACUGGAAAAACAGUCCAAAAAUCACCAACUUUGGUGUGGAAUUAUCAAUUUCAUGCUUCCUUUUCUUGAGUGUAUAUCUAAAGAUCAGCUCUCCAAUUUAUCUUCCAUGUGUCAUGAGAGAAGAGAACAGUCACGGGUUGCUCAUAUAGUUCGCGAUUAUCACCUAUAUAUAAGUCCUGGGCACGAUCAAAACUUGCCGACAAACCCAAGAAGGAUUAACCAGGAACCGAGGAACCCAAGGAAAAAAAAAACAUGGGCUCAAUGAUCAUGGCCACCUUCUUCAUCUUCAUGAUCCUCAUGCUGUUGUCCCUGCCACCGAUACACGCCUGUGGCUAUUGCGCGCCCCCGCACCCGCCGUACCAUGGCCCAACGACCCCGACGGUCCCCCGCCGGCCCGGCACUCACCCCCAUCCUGGCCCGCCUCACCAUGGCGGCAGAGGCGGUGGUGGCAGGAGUGGAGGCGGAGGCGGAGGGAGCAGAGGCGGAGGCGGCUGCGGCGGCGGUUGUACUCCAAGAGUGCCGACUCCACAUCCGCCCAUUGUUCUGCCACCAAUAGUGAAUCCACCUCCUAUCACUAACCCUCCCGGCCUCCUUCCUCCUAUUACUAACCCUCCCGGCGGCAUCAUUCCUCCAAUCACAAACCCUCCUGGCAUGUCACCUCCAAUAACAAACCCUCCGUCAACACCGCCAUCUUCGCCCUACCCUCCUUAUGGCGGUGGUCCUCCCGGCGGUGGCGGCAAAGGCGGUGGUGUCCCGAGCCCGCCGACCACGCCCACAACAUGCCCUAUAAACGCUCUCAAGCUAGGGCUUUGCUUGGACGUGCUGGGCGGGUUGGUCCACAUUGGGAUCGGGAACCCGGUCGAGAACGUGUGCUGCCCCGUGCUCCAAGGGCUGCUGGAGCUCGAGGCGGCGAUCUGCCUCUGCACCGCCAUAAGGCUGAAGCUACUCAACCUCAACAUAUUCAUUCCUCUCGCUCUUCAAGUCCUAGUCACUUGUGGCGUAACCCCUCCUCCUGGUUUUGUAUGCCCUCCUCUUUAGAUAAGUUCAGCGUAAGUACCCCAGAUACAAAUCAAGUAGCGAUGGAGUCUUUAGGACUUAGAAGGGGUGUGUUGUUGUAGUGCUUAGUGGAUGUUUAGGGUCAUAAAUGCCGGUUGGCUACCGGCUAGUCCUAAUUCAUCUUUUUAGGGUUCGGGUGAAAUCUUCUAGUUCCUCCAUUUGCUUUUGAAGAUUGAGGGUACAUGUGCUCGGUUCACUUAUUUGUUUUGAUGUUUCCCUAGUGUAGUAAUAACUUCUAGUCUCGAGCUAAAACAUUCUUGUUCGCACUUA